AUGGCUAAUGGAACUUUGUCGGGAUUGAAUAAGAAAGUCGCUAGCAUCCGGCAAAAUUUAAUAGAAGAUAAUUUGAAUAGAGAAAAUAAAAAUAUAUUAAUGAUUGACAUUUCCCAAGACGGCUUUGGAGAAAAAGUUAGCAGCAGUCAAAGAAUAUUAACUGAAAAGAACAUCAGAGAGGUUGCCGAAUUGUAUCACCAAUUUCGCGAUAAGAAAAAAUUGACUGAAAAUGGGUUAUUAGCAAAAAUCAUCUCCCGAGAGGAAAUUAAAGAAAGCAAUUAUAUUUUGGUUCCAGUUCGUUAUUUAUCUCAAAAUGAGAUUGAAUUAACUCCAAAAGAAAUAGAUGAAAAAUUAUUGAAAACUACUCUUAAAUUAAGAAAUUUAAUUAAUCAACAAGACAACUACCACCAAGAAUUAAAAAAAUUGCUGGAAGAAGUUGAAGGAGAAAUUAAGGAGAGGGCAGGUGAUAAUUUCUAUGGUUCCGUGGAGAGGGGCGGAGCAUUUAUAACCUGGAUGGCAGCGGCAUUUUAA